AUGGAAGCAGACCCGGGGAAUCCCUACUCGUUGCGGCUUCCAAAGCCCAACUACCUUCCUCAUAAUGUAGACUAUGACUUGCCCGUCGUGGAGAAGUUCCUGAAGCCGCUGGAUCGGCCGAGUGAUAUGGAAAAUGCCGCUUAUCUCAACAAGAUCAAACGCUUUGCCCAUGAACAUGGCAUCACCAGACCGAAGGGCUAUAAUGUAUCGUUUCACUACAAUCCAGAUAUGGAGAAGCAUCACUUCGGCAUGACACACCCCAUGAAGCCCUGGCGCUUGACCCUCACCAAGAGCUUAGUAUCCGCCUAUGGUAUGAAUUUUGCCAUGGACAACUACACGGCACGCGCCGCCACAUAUGAGGAGUUGACCUCUUACCACGCCAGCGAUUACGUUGAUCAUCUCGCCACAGUCGCCCCUCAACCCCAGCCCCUCGACGUGGACAAUGCGAAUCCCGACCUCAAAUUUAACUUGGGUGGUAGUGACUGCCCCUUGUUUGAGGGGCUCUACAACUACUGUUCGCUCUCCGGCGGCGCUUCUCUCGAUGCGGCAAGGAAACUGUGUUCAAACCAAUCCGAUAUUGCUAUUGCCUGGGGCGGUGGGCUGCAUCACGCAAAGAGAGCCGAAGCAUCCGGAUUCUGCUACAUCAACGACAUUGUUCUUGGUAUAUUACAGCUACUGCGUGUUCAUGCUCGAGUCCUAUAUAUCGAUAUCGAUGUACACCAUGGUGAUGGUGUCGAGGAGGCGUUCUUUUCCACCGACCGAGUAAUGACCGUCUCAUUCCACAAGUAUGACCCUUUAAGUUUCUUUCCUGGCACCGGCGCUCUUGAGGACAAUGGUCCCAAAAGUGAACACAACCCCGGAGCGCACCAUGCCAUCAACGUCCCUCUCAACGACGGCAUCACUGACGAACAAUACAAAUGGUUAUUUGAAUCCAUCAUUCAACGGGUCGUUGACAAGUUCAGACCGAGUGCCAUAGCCCUACAAUGUGGCGCAGAUUCCUUGGCUGGAGACAGAUUAGGCAAAUUCAAUCUGCUCGUACAAGGGCACUCUUCGUGCGUUGAGUUCUGCAAAAAGCUGGGUGUCCCCCUGAUCCUUUUCGGUGGUGGAGGAUAUACGCCGAAAAAUGUUGCCCGUGCCUGGGCUUACGAGACAGCAAUCGCCAUUGGCCAUCAACACCAUAUACCAAGUCAAAUCCCGAUCCAUACACCGUGGAGGGAUCGCUUCAAGAUUGAUUCUCUCUUGCCCACGAUUCAACAAAUCCUAGGUGAACCUCGCCAGAAUCGAAACACCCAUAAGAAGUUGACAGAGAUUGUGCAGCAUGUUACAGAGCAGCUGCGAUUCGUCGGCGCUGCGCCGAGCGUCCAGAUGUCCGUCAUCCCACCUGACCUAGGCCCAAUCAGGGAUGAGGUGGAGGAGCGGAUUAAAGAAGAAUAUGAAGAGAAGGACGAACAGGGACGCAAACUACGGGAACAAGGCGUUGGCGAUCGCAUGGAGUUAUGCUAA